AUGGGGAAAGUAGAUCGAGGCUCACUCCCUUUGCUUUCACUCAACCAUGUCUCUUUUGUGUGUAAGAGUGUGAGUGAGUCUGUGAAAUUCUACGAAGAUGUCCUCGGAUUCGUGCUCAUCAAGAGGCCAUCUUCUUUCAAAUUCGAAGGGGCAUGGUUAUUCAAUUAUGGCAUUGGCAUUCACUUGCUAGAGUCAGCUAAGGUUCCGGUGGAAAAGAGAGAGAUAAACCCGAAAGAAAAUCAUAUAUCGUUUCAAUGCUCAGAUAUGGAAGUUAUAAUGCAGAAACUUGAUGCAAUGAAGAUUGAGUUCAAAACAUCAGUUGUGGAAGAAGGUGGAAUCCAAGUUGAUCAACUCUUCUUCCAUGACCCAGAUGGAUAUAUGAUUGAAAUAUGCAACUGCCAGAAUCUCCCUGUGCUUCCAAUUUCCUCUUGUCCUCUCAGGAAACAACCAUCAUUUUUCUAUGGAGAAGGAACGUUGAAGAUUAACUGCUUUGCUGAGGAAUCUAAGAUGAUGAUGGAGAAUUUUGUGAUGGAUAUGUUGAAGAUUUCAAUAUGA